AAUCCUUUGUUUGAUGUUCAGAUUCCUUUCAUCUCUCCUAAACGUUUCUAUUUUUGUUAUUUCCAUAUGUUCAUACGAAUCGCCUGAAUUCUCCAACUGGGUCGAUUUAAGCGGACGGACUACUGUUGCAACACAACUGGCGUGACACGACUGAAACCGCUUAUCACAUGCCAUUAACUGUUUAUUGCAAUCGCAUUCGUACAGCCGCUUUUGUUUACAAUCGAAAUCGAAAGCAUACAGAGACGUACUGACUUGUUGGCAUUUCAUCUCCGCAAGUUUGACUGUCACGCGGCUGUCAACGAGGAAGCAAAACAAAGCGAAUGCGCAUGCGCACCACAGCGGCAAACAGAGCGAUGACAUCAGCCAUUUAAAGCACUCAAAGACAAGCCCGGACCACAUUACUGUAUUAAUGUCGCCUCACACUGACAGCUGCUCAACCUUAUGUACUGGUAUCGAGAGGAGAGUUAGAACACAAACAACGACAAUACGCGCGGAUUUUCAAAACAGUUCGUCCACUAUCGCGGAUUACCUGUGAACCAAGGUGAGCGGGCAGUGCAGGGGACCACCCCGACGACGAUGGGCACUUUGGAGGAUGAGUUGACCUCGGCGGCUGCCACGGGGAACACAGCCGAGGCGGCGCGACUCCUCCGGGCAGGGGCGGACGUCAACGAACCCAACCGGCUGAGUUACACCGCGCUCCAGGUGAUGAUGAUGGGUAGCACGCCGGUGGCCGAGCUGCUGCUGGCCGUGGGCGGCGACCCGAACAUAGCUGAUGUUCGCACCGGGAGCACGCCGCUGCACGACGCCGCCCGGAGCGGCUUCGUAGAAACCGUGCGGAUUCUGGUCCGCUUCGGCGCCUCUCUGCAUGCCAGGGACCGCGCCAACUGUCGGCCCGUGGAUGUGGCCCGCCAACACGGCCACACAGAAGUCGUGGCCUUCCUGGAGUCUCUGUGAAGGAUUUUUUUUAAUGGACUGAAUGUCCCCGACAUUUUAUUUAUUUAUUAAAGGACUCGAUUUUUUUGGGUUAGAAAUCUGGAUAUUGGUGAGGAACGAGGUUGGUGCUGUCAUCGGAAUUGUAACCAUUUUACUCUACUUAUUUAUGAACCUUAUUUGGAUCACUGAAAUAAUCAAAUGGACUUAUUUCACUCAUAUGGUCUAAAAUUGCAAUUAAGAUGAUUUCUUUAGCACAUUGCGUCAACCAUGAAAUUUCUGUCACAUUGCUUUGUUUGCCAUUUAAAAUGAGAAGACCGGUUAUUCACGAAAGCAAGGUUUGUGCUCAACAAAGAAAAAAAAUCUAGGCAUCCUGUGGUGUUAAUAUGGAAGGGAAAAAAAAACUGCACAUUUUGCACAAAUUAUGCCACCUUUCCGAACACCUUUUGAUUUUCAUUUGGAAAUAUAUAUAUAUAUAUAUAUAUAUAUAUGCACACACACACACGGUAUUGAAUCAACUUGUAAAGGAAUAAAAAUGAAUUUCCAAGCCUGUUCAACAUUCCCAUUUAAUGACUCCCUUAUGAGCAUGUGAGUGAUACACUCAUGACAAAGCAGGAAAGACAACCGAAAGUGACGAAAAGUUACAGCAUUAGUCUUCUGAUUUACUGUAAAUAAAAAACCCAUCAAAUUGAAAGCAACACCCCUCAACAAAAAAAUAGACAGUGGGCAUUGGUUGAAAUAGACCG